UCUAGGGGACUGUCUGCGGGGCUGGAGGCGAGGAGCUGAGAGGCAAGACCCGGGUGAAUGGACAGAGAGGGUCAGUCUCUGGCCAGUCCUGGACACCAAGACUUGAUUGCUUUCCCUGCCUCCCUCUCUCUUUCUCUUUCUCUCUCGGCUUCCGUGGUGGUGGAGGUUAGGUCUCUUUCGGCGUUAAACCCCGGUUCCUCUCCUCCUCCCCCAACCCCUUUCGACCCCCCUUUCCCCUCCCCAAUCCUCUUGCCUCCUCCUCCUCCUUUCUCUCGUCCCUCCUCCACUCAGCAGUCCUGGGGCUAGCGGCCGGCGGGGCCAAGAGCGAGGUGGGAAAGAGGCGUAACGGGAGGAAAAGGCUUGUUGGCGAAGUACCCAGCCACUUCCCGGCCCGGGGUCCGAGCCCUAGGAGUCGCUGCUCAGUGGGCCCAGCUGGCGGCCAGCCUCCCCUUAAGGAGGGUGGCCGCUCUCACUCUGCUCUGGACGGGCGGGUAAAGGAAGAGACAAAACCCCAGAGUGAAGUAGAUUUCUGCAGUUUCCAAUUCUUUGAUUUGGAGAUUUCUGUAUAUACAGAUUCCUGGGAGAAGGAGCCUGGACCUAUGUUGCAAUGCAUUUCCUGUCUCAGGUUGGCAUAAGACUGAUAAGGAAAACUGAGGCCAAGAAAAGUAAAUCAUCUUCCAUCAAACAUAAAUCCAUCCUGACUGUUCAUGUUUGACUAAAAGGUGUCACUUUUUCUUCUGAAGCUAUUCACCCAGUCUUCUUGGCAUUUCUGUGGGGUAUUAAUAGGAGUAUUUGAAAAAAGAAGUAAAUUCUUCUUGACUGGCCUUUCAACAAUUCAUCCAGGUGGAUCCGGUAAUGACUUCAGUAGUUCUGCUGCGCAUCCCAUUUUUAAAUAAGAGCAAAGUUUAUAGUGUGUGAUGUCAAAGCAGGAGGCAGUGCUUGGGACCUCCCCCCCAGAAGACUAAGCGCCGGUCAUCAUGUGCCAGUAUGAAUGUUAACAGAGCAGCCAGCACCGCUUGGGGAGCUGUCAGAGGAGGGAGAAAGAAAGGAGGAGCCGAGCAUGCUAGAAGUCAAUGACUGAAUCCUCCAACUUCUUCACAGGACUGCUUGGACCUCAGUGACUGCAGAGCUUCUUGUAAAGAAAAGCAGAUUUCUUCCCCCGCUUUCUGCCUUCAUUCUUGUAGGUGUGUGCGCAUUCACCCCUCGGAUUUCUGACUGUCCACUGCCUUGGACCUCAAUAUGUGUCAUGUUAUUGUUACCUGUCGCUCAAUGCUGUGGACUCUUCUGAGCAUUGUCGUGGCUUUCGCGGAACUCAUCGCCUUCCUUAGUGCGGACUGGCUAAUUGGCACUGCCAAAUCCUCCAGCAGUGUGGACAUGGACAGCAGGACCGAGGCCUCCCAGCAGCCUUACCACCCGACCUUAGGCAUCUACUCUCGCUGUAUCCGCAUCUCCCACGUCCACCAUUCCAAUCGGGAUACCCUCUGUGGUCCCUAUGCCGAAAGCUUCAACGAGAUUGCCAGUGGCUUCUGGCAGGCCACUGCUAUUUUCCUGGCCUUUGGGAUCGUUAUCCUCUGUAUAGUGGCAUUCAUAUCUGUCUUCACCAUGUGUGUGCAGAGCAUCAUGAAGAAAAGUAUUUUUAAUGUCUGUGGGCUGCUACAAGGGAUUGCAGGUCUGUUCCUUAUCCUAGGUUUGAUACUCUACCCUGCUGGUUGGGGUUCCCAGAAGGCAAUAAACUACUGUGGACAUUAUGCUUCUGCCUAUAAACUAGGAGAAUGCUCAUUAGGCUGGGCCUUCUACACAGCCAUUGGCGGUACUGUCCUGACGUUCAUCUGUGCAGUCUUCUCAGCACAAGCCGAGAUCGCCACGUCCAGUGACAAAGUACAAGAAGAAAUUGAAGAAGGGAAAAACCUGAUCUGCCUCCUUUAAUUUGAGAGAGAUCAGAGCCUGUUCUUUCCUAACUAACUUUGGAAAGGGAUCCGCUUUCCUGUUUCCACUGAUUGUGACCACCUGUGUGUCGUCAGGGACCUUCAUUCUCCUGGGUCUCUGAGGAAGCAGCAGGAAGAAACAGUGCAUAUCAGAGAAGCUGGAUACAAGCCGCCGAUGGGGCAAGGUCGGGGAGGGAGUUUAGAAGCAUGUAAAUAGCAUAUAAACCAUGUUACAUAGCUGACAAAUGCUGUCAUUGUUAGAUUGCAUCUUCCCCAGAUCCCCUGAAGGAUGAUUCCAAGUAACAAAGCCAGCAUUCUUUAUUCUGGACAGGAUAAGUAAGACAGGAAACCAGGUUGGGGGUGUCAAAGGGGUUCUCCUCACUGUGCCUUGAGACCUUCUUCUACCACAGGUUUAGGACCCUCGUACAAAGAACACCCAUCAGAAUGAGUAUUUGGGGAGGAGGGACUUGUCUAGAAUGACUGCAAAUACAGUUAACUGCCUGUUAACACUUUUCUGGGUGUUAAUGAAGCUAUACUCAAUCCCUGCAGGGAAAAAAACCCCACAGAUCUUAAAGGGGAAGCAGGAUAUUGUUACUGGGUCAAGGCACUUGCCCUCCUUGGGUAACCAUGGGGAAAGACUGAAGGUGAUAUUGACCUUGGGGUUGCAGCCCUUUGUAAGCCCCCAUCCCCACCCCCCACAACCUUAGGUGGACCAAAAGUCAGUCCGGGAUUGUAAAAACUGGGUAAAGAUGAAAAUGUUACAUAUAGUCCAAUGCUAAUAAGUUGACAUCUUUAAUCUUUUCAACACCUUGAAGGCUCCCAGUUUCAUUCCUGUUGGCCAUUCUCUCCAAAGACACAGAGCCAUCUUUACACUUCAGGUUGUAGUAUUAGCGAGUGUCCAUGGCCAAAAUAAGAUCACCUCCCACACCCCCCAAGUGUCCAGCCUUUAGGUCAGGUGCCUUUCUAGAUCCAGCUAGGCUGCUCAUUGAACAACCAACAAACACAAAAUCUGUCUCCAGGCCUCCAUCAGAAGCCUUUUCAGCUUUGUAGGACCUGUCAUGGCUUAAUCUCAGAGAAAGAACGCGGGGUCACCUCCACAUCUAGAGUAAGUGUCAGAGUAGGGUUUAGGUGGUUGGCUACCUUUAAAAUUAGAGAUGGUGUUUUUCCUUCCUGAACAGAGUCAACCAGGCUAGCCUGGCAGGGCCCAAGGAGUCCUGAGACUGUCCCAGUUUCAAGUUCAAAUGCAGAUCAUGUGUUUUUCUCCUGGUGUUAGGACUUGGCUUCAUUCAACUGCCAGAGGGCAGGUCAUUCUCUUUCCUCAUUCCAGAGCCCGAUGUCCCAGGCUAAAAAGCCCUGCCAAAUUCUCAGCAUUUGUGGCGAGACAUUUUCCCACUGUUUGUUCACCAUGUUGCCGUCAGCUGUAUUUCCAAAUCCAGCAGCAACAGUUACCACAACUGACAUUUUUCUUGACAGGAAAAAAAAGGGGGGACAGCUAGUCAUAUGACUAGUUUUUCUAGGCAUAGAAACUCUCCUGGAGGACAGACUUAAAGAAGAUGGAAUGCCUAUAAUGAAGUAAUGCUUCCCCAGAAGUCAUAGUUUUUGAGAGUUGGUGAAUCUGAAAACACCCUACGGAUGCCCCCUGUAUGUGCGGGGUACACGGACAAACUCGGGAAGACUCCUUCCUGUCUUGGGAAAAGUUCUGCCAACCUUGGAAAGUGCCUUGGGGAUCAGAAAACACACCUAUGUUCACAGCUUUGUCAUUUUGAUUGCCGUUCUGAACUUUAAUUUUUAAGUCCUAUUCAUCAUACUCCUGAAACUAUAGUCCCUGGUUUACAGCCAUGAAGUCUUCAUUUAUGCUCCUUUGUGUUCAUGAAUUGGCCAAAUCUGGGCAUCCAUACUUUAGGGAAAAAAGGAUUUUUGUAAAACUAGUUGAUGCUGUUAACUUUUUCUACUGUUUCAGAAUCUAAAAUAUAUAUAUAUCAGUGAAAUCAAAUUUACUGCUAAAUCCCAAGGAAGCCUUCAAAGGUACCAACAGAGACGUGUCCUUAUUUUUGCCUUCUUAUAACCUUUCAGCUCCUCAAGCAUUGACUUGGCAGGAAACAAGUGUAACCCUAGUGGUUUGCUAGUAGAAUUUUUUUUUCCAUUCUGCUCCGUAAACCCAAUUCAUGUAUUUAUGAUUUUCUUGCGGGAUAGGUAUUCCUACUCCAGCUCCUCUUUAUGGUGUGAAGGUGACCCUUGGUUCUUGAAGCUCUAGCCUAGUUUAUCAAUUCAAUUUAAUAAGCAUUAAAAGCUGCUAUUGUGUGCCAGGCACAAAGUCCAAAAAGAAAACUGUCCUUGAUCAGAUGGACCUUCCAUUCUACUAGGCACAAACUGCUUGGAGUACAAGGACCAUAAUGGUCUGAGAAUUUCUAAUUGCAGAGAUGAUCUUCACCAGAAUGUAGUGGAUAAUAAGUGGUAAAUAUUAAACGGGGAUAUGAGAGCAUUGGCUCUUGAGUCAAGUUACCUGUGUGACCUUGGACAAGUCACACCCAACUGAUGGUGGAGAUCAGUUUUCUCAUCUGCAAACUGGGGGAAUUAGAGUAGAUGGCUUCUAAAGGCCUUUCCAGCUCUAGAUCUAUGAUUAUUUUAAUCAAGAGCUCCCAAAAAUAAUUGAUCAAAAGUCAAGGCAGGGAAGAGACUCAACAUGUAAUGAAUCAAGUAAAAAAUGAUGAUCACUUUAAUAAAUCAAGUGAAUAUGCAAAAUUACCAAGUGGUAUUGUUUUCUAAUCACCAAAAAAGAUGGCGAUGCAAAGAUCAUUGGAGUGAGGUACAAGAAUAAUUAAAAAGAUGUCAUAGUACCCUGAAAAUAGAGGAAGGCCCUUUUUUUGGGGGGGGGGGUUCUUCCACAUUUUGUUCUAGCACUAAGCUGCUAAAACACUGUGCCUCUAGUUUUAGGACCUCUGUCCAAUCUGUGAGGCCUCACAGGAAAGAGGAUAAAUUUGCACGUUUCAUCUUAAGUAAUUCUAAUUUUAGGUGGAAAGGAGUUCUGUGAAGGUUUCUUUCCUGUAACAUCACCCUCCGCUCUUCCUCUUCCAGUCUAUCCUCAGCAAGUUUCCAGGCUCAGCUGAGGGCCAGAGGAUUGAGCCAGCUGCCUGAGAUCUAAAUCUUUUGAACCUUUAGAAGUGCUCCAAAACUUGAGCUUUCUCAGCUUUUUCUCAAGCAGCCCACUUUAAAAGCUCUGUAAUCACUAUGGGCUCUUGCCUUUCACCUGGUGAUUGCAAUGGCUUGUGAGCACACACUCCUGCCAUAAAGCCGGGAGCACCUAACCCUUGGCUGCAGGUUAACCUGACCUAACUAACUCCAGAGACCACCAUGAGCUAAGGCAUAGAAAUCAGCUCUGAAGCUGAGAAAGGAAGAAUAUUCAGGUCUUCUAUUCUAACCACUAAUUCCCACUUUUACCAAAGUCAGUAGAUUGUAAACCCUGUGACUCCGAUGAAGAGAGGCAGGUAUUAAAACUUGGUGGUCCAGCUCUUUUUUUGAAGAGUGGAUUCUCUUUCUUGUUUCUGUUGUUUAUACAAACAGCUUGAAAUCUUUAACUGCAUCUGUUGUCACAUAUAAUAAUCCUAGGGUUAAAAAAAAGACUCUAGGUAGAACAGGGGUCCAAUCUUGUAUUAAUGCUCUGACCUUAAAGUUUCUAUGUAGGUACAUAACCCAGCUUCAUUGUUUGUUCAGAUAUCACUUUUAGGGCAAAGUAUAGCAGUUUUAUUCAUUAGGCAAAGGUCUUUUCUUGAUUCAUCAACAAAAUGUUCCCACACCCAUUUUUUUGCUCUUCAUUCCCAUCCUCAAGACAAUCUCAAUCUCCAGCUAAUUUCUUUUUUUGUUUUGGUGAGGCAGUUGGGGUUAAGUGACUUGCCCAGGGUCACACAGCUAGUAAUUGUUAAGUGUCUGAGGUCACAGUUGAACUCAGGUCCUCCUGAAUCCAGGGCUGGUGCCCUAUCCACUGCGCCACCUAGCUGCCCCAGCUAAUUUCUAUAGGUUUAAAUAACUUCAAGAACCAAAAAGUCCCCUCUCUUUACAUCAUAGCAUCAUUGCCUUCAUUUGUGUAGCUGUUGUCUUGGCUCUAAGUAUGCUGCUAUCCCUAAGGUAUUCUCUUCCAUCAGUUACAAGUAAAGAUGUAAACAUUUGUGUGUCCAGAGCCAAAAUUUUAAUUUUCAUUCCAUUAGUUGGACCUUGCAGGAUUUUCUUACAAAUUACCAAGAAAAUGAAACCACUGAAACUGACCGUAUCACAGGAAGGAAAUCUACUUGGUGGGUAAAGGGUAGCAAAGUAGGCCUUGAUAGCUCGACUCAAGUGGAGAUAAACCAGCAUCCAUUCAUCCACCACCCUGUAUCCCUUCUACCCAAACUUCCUAAAAUUGUGUUGGCUUGGACUCAGGUUAUUCUGAUUAGCUCUUUAAAAACCACUCAAGAUGGAGAUUAUGCAGGGAAGAAAUGCAGAUAUUAAAUGCUAAUUUCUCAAUUCUUCCAUUUUUCUAGCAGGUAUAUAAAAAAGAAGAAAGAUAGUUGCAAUAUUUCUAAUACAUUUCAGCUGACCAUCUCAUGUUAUAGCAUUGAAAAUGUAAUGUGCUUAGACUAUUGCACCAGAAAAGUCCUAUUUAUUUUGCCUAAGUCUCCACUUCAGGCAAAUUUGUAAGGUGUCACAAUGAUGCUGAGUGAACUAUGAGUCUCCUGAAAUGUUUGCCAAUGGUUCUGUGGAUUCUUUAAACCUGUGUGUUAACAGUGUAACAUUGACUUGGGGUGGGGGGAUAUUUUUUAAUCAUUUUCAAUCUGUGGUUUGAUAAUCUUUUGUUGAACAUGUACUCGGUAAAGUGCCAUAGUCCUUCUUUUGAAGUGUAGCAUAUUUAAAAAAUAUAUGUGUGUGCAUGUAUAGAUGUAUGUAUAUGCACAGAUAUACAUAUACAUGUAUAUAUAUACACAAGUCUGUGAGAGAUGUGCAAUAACAAAGGCAUAUGUUUUGUUUUUGAAAACUGGAGGGGAGUUGGAAAAGGGUCGGGAGGGGGGAGGGGGGAAUCAUUGUGUUCAAAGCAAAGGAGAGCUAAGAAUUUAGGCUUUAGCCUUGUAAAUCUAUGAAAAUUUGAAUGUGCUAUAAAAACCAUAGAGAGAAAAUGGUAAGAAACUGAUCAUUGGUGUCAGUUUGAUCUCAACCUAUAAAAUCACUAGACUUUUUUAUUUUAUUUUUUUUGAAAGUUAAACCUGAGAGCCCGGGCCCAAUUUUUUUGCUAGCCUUUAAUUU